AUGUCGGCGUCGGAUGACAGCAAGUCGAAGCGUUAUGACCGCCAGAUCCGGAUCUGGGGUGCCGAGGGGCAGCAGCGGCUGGAGGCGGCGCGGGUUGCGCUGCUCAACUCUGGCCCCACAGGGUCGGAGACCCUCAAAAACCUGGUCCUGGGCGGCAUAGCCUCCUUCACAGUGGUGGACGCGGCGCGCGUGGAGGCGCGGGACCUGGGCAACAACUUCCUGGUGACACCCGAUUCUUUAGGGGAGCCGCGAGCCAAGGUGGUGACAGAGCUCCUCAAAGAGAUGAACGAGUCAGUGGCCGGGUCAUAUGUUGAGACCAGCCCCGAGGCCCUGGCGGAGUCUGACCCCUCGUUCUUCGACAAAUUCGACCUUGUCAUAGCCACACAGAUGUUUGAGCCCCACUUGCUGGCCCUGGAGGCGCUGUGCCGCAGCAAGGGCGUGAAGCUGCUGGCAGUGCGGUCUUUCGGCCUCAUGGGUUACAUGAGGGCCAGCAUGGCCGAGCAUACAGUGGUGGAGUCAAAGCCAGACACGCAGGUGGAUGACCUCCGCCUGGUGCGGCCCUGGCCCGCACUGGCGGCGUUUGCGGCGUCCUUUGACCUGGCAGCCCUGGACGACGCACAUCACAAGCACGUGCCGUAUGCCGUGCUGCUGCUGCAGGCGCUGGAGCGGUGGCGGGCCGAGCACGGGGGUGCCGCGCCGGGGACGUUCGCGGAGCGCGCGGCCUUCAAGAAGCAGCUGGCGGCGAUGCGGCGGCAGGGGCCGGAGGGCGUGCCGAUGGACGAGGAGAACGUGGAUGAGGCGCUCAAGGCGGCAUUCCACGCCUGGACGCAGCCAAGCAUACCCUCGGAGGUGCGUCGCAUCCUGGAGGACGAGCGCACCGAGGUCGGGCCAUCCUCUGACGACUUUUGGGUCAUGGCGGCAGCACUGAAGGAGUUUGUGGCGCAGGAGGGCGAGGGCUGUCUGCCGCUGGAGGGGUCCAUCCCUGACAUGGCCACCACCACAGAGUGA